AUGACGCCUUCCACUUCUAGUGGUGGCAGUUCAGUGGAACUGACGGUGGAGGCUUCGGUGCUACUCUGUGUGAAACAACGUUUUGGCCACUCUUUCGUGCACCUGCGGCUUUCUGUCAUGCCAGAAGGAACUUUCACGCGAUGGGGUUACUGUGAAACAGGUGUUUUCCUGAGUGAAGUCUUCAAGCAGACGAGUUCCCCUUUCCCGAAUAAUGGUAGUGAUUCUUCAGCAACGUCGCCGUUCUUGAGCAGUUCUUCAUCACAUUUGUUCUUGGCUACUACGGGUGCCAGUCAUCCUCCUGGAGGGUCUUAUUUUGCUGCCAGUUCAUUAGACAACCACGCCGCGUCUGAGAAGAGGCGAAGACAGCUCAGAUCGUUAGAGCAUUUAGAGGACACGGGGAGCUUCACGGAUUUCUUUGUCAGUUACUUUUUCACCGACCUGCAGAAACAAGCAAAGCAGGCUGCAGAAGCGCGCAAAGCCCGUGUUGCUGCCGAACGAUACACGUUUCCUGCACCCGAGGAACUCGCUGGUGCGCGCAAGGUGAGACUGAGUGAUCCUGUUGUGCAGUUGGAGUAUCUGAGGUCUGAUACUAGUACCGUUGCUGGUCUUGUUGGGGACGAAAAGCUGAACACCAUGAGGAGUAAAACCGAUCAUACGAUCGCGAAUGCCGACAAAACACCGGGUUUCUCAAAGGAACGCGCGAAACCACAUGAGAGUCGGAGCCGAUCGUGGCCGGUUUCGUCAGGACGCGCGCUUCGGGCGGAGGCUCUGAAGAGGCCUGAAAUAAAGUUUUUCAGCGAGCAAGGUGUGAUAAAGAAAGGCAAAGGGGGACGUGCCGUGGGAGAGGACGAUGGUCCUGACGAGCGAGAGAGCAAGACCGACAGCAAAAAUGCAAAGUUGAAGACAGGAAAUGCUUCAAGUAAAGAACAACAAAGUUGGGGUAGUUAAGGCUGCCGCUCGAGCAUCCUCGUCAUCAUCCUUGGCCGUUUUUCUACUUGAAAGACGGACGAAGGAUGCACUCCGGGAUGUCAACGGGGUAGCUCUAAGGUAGCGGCAUUCCAGGAGGUAACAAAGGGGCGCCAACGCUGCUUUCUCCGACAGGCUCAGAGCUCAGGACAGAUCAGCGAUCGAACACAGACAGCAGCUUUGGCUUUCGCUCCGGCUCUCCCCUCCCUUUUACAGCAGAUAAAUCACCCGCAAAAAAGAAGCGAAUGUCACUUCGUGCGGCGAUCUUGGAUACGUCAAAGUUACCACGGGGGUUUCAGUAGAGACAAAAACACAUAAGUAUUAGUCUUAAUUCUCUCAUCUUACUGGCUUUGCUGGUUCUUCAACAAGAUCAACGAACUUACUGUCUAUUCACGUUCUACGAAGGAAGGAUGUUUUCUUGUGCAUGAAAAGUUUUUGAUUUGCAAGUAAAGCUAGACUAAUUGCAACCAAGUCGGUGAGUAAUCGAGGAUGACCAAGUUCAAAGUCAAUUAUAGUUCAGCUAUACGAAAUAGAAACUGCACUUCAUGCAAGAAAUGACGUAGUAUUAGGAAAAGACACCUUUUCUAGUGCUGUGAUUAAGCAAACCCGUCACGGGCGCGUCGGGGCAACAUACGCAUACAAACACAC